AUGGAUCUUCUUGUUCAAGCCAGAUGGGUCCAAAGCACCAGCGAGCUUCGAAGCUGCCUCGAUCCCAAGCUUGACAACUGCACUCAAUGUCGAGGACAUUCCAAAAACAAACCGACCUGUGGCAACCCCAUCAGCCGAGCUUCUCGUUCUCAGAUCGCACACGUAUUGCAGGAUAUCAUCAAGAGUGGAAGCAUCUUGUCUGCUGCAAAGCACCUCCAACAGCUGGCAUCUCUAGUCCUCUGCAAGAGAUGGCAUCAAACUCAAGUUGCAGAGAAGGUGGCCGAGUGGACGACUUGUCUACGUUCGUUCCUCGAAGUGAAACCGUCCCCGACCAAGAAGAAGGCAGAUACCGAGAAGCCUUCCUCGGCGACUACUUCAUGCCUCUCAAAACAACCCGAAAGACGAGCCAUACGAAUCCUGAAGAUCCCGCAGCCCAUUACCAAGACCGAAGAAGCAAGUGGCUCAGCCAAACCUAUCAAAGAAGAACACGACGAGAAAGAUGUUCGUUUAGAUAGUCUGGCUGCUUACAAGAAACCAAUCCCACACUCUGGUGCAGAGACAAAGCCAAGGAUUCACUACUUCGAGCCUUACCAACGACCCAAGACGGCCGGCCGGAUCAACAACGACAUCGUUGAAAAACUGACGGCUCCUUUCAACGUUCGAGAGCGAAAGGCUGCCGAUAAAGGUGACGGAUACAUCUACGGCUACAAGCUGCCCAGAGAUCAUCAUGAGCGGGGAGGUGGAAGCUGCCGAAUGAUCAAGAUCGGCUAUACAAACAACCCGCAGAGGCGCAUGCGGGAAUGGGGAGUCCAGUGCAGCUAUGAGCCGCAGGUGAACUUCACAAUCCGGAGCGCCUACUACGUCAAGAUCGAGGAAAUCAUCCACCUCCAACUGCACAACGAACGGAGAAAGGAACGAUGUUCAGUCUGCUACAGACAACACCACGAGUUCUUCGAGAUUGACACAUCAAGAGCCGAGGCGGUCGUGAGGAUGUGGACUAGGUGGGCUCAGCUUCAGCCUUUCGAUGACGACGGCAGACUUUCGAAGUACUGGUCACUCAAGCUGGCAGAUCUCGAUAUGGAGGAUCCCGACUGCUGGGAGAGAUUUCUUUGUGAGAAAGUCAAGCAGGGAGGCAAAUCAUUUCUAAUCAAACGGAGAGUCGAGGCAUUGAGAUUUGCAUGCUGA